AUGGAUUGCGUCGAGGCGACGUUGUUCGAUGGAGCGUUAUCCAUUGACAUUGGUGAAGUUACCACAAGGCGAUUUGUUACAGUGUUUGUGCAGAGCACCCCCAAUAAGUUGUGGAUAGACGAUAGCAAAGAUCUCCUAGCAGGUGUUGUUCAACGAGUGAAUGUCACUGUUGAAGCAGGAUCGUCUAUUGAUUAUUCCAAAAUUGAUGUUCGUGCAGACCCGGGCGAGAGUAUAGAGUUUUUGGGUUCGGACGGUGAGUGGUCGUCAGCCGUAAUCGUGAAUAUUCCUCCACUUGGUGUCUGUGCUCGAUAUACGUUUGAAUUAGUGCUAUGCUUAUUGAUGGAUGCAGGACUGACAGCAUCUCCGGCGAUAAGGAAAGCAAAGAUAUCGUUUGAUUGGUUGGGAAGGACAUGGAGUGUGGAAUUGCCAUUUAUUGCUUUAUUAAUAAUGACAUCAAGUACUUCCAUGUUGGAGAGCAAAACCCUUUUCGAGCUCGAAAUUGCCCGAGCCGUCGGUCACGCCGAAGAAUGGACUGUAGUUCUGGAAAAUGCCGUAAUUGAAGCAGUAGAUCCUAAAGCUGGAGAAGAGGCACCGAAUAAGCUCGGAAAGUUGAUCAAUAAGGAUCUUGGGUACUUCCAUGUUGGAGAGCAAGUGAACAUUUUCUUCUUUUUUCUUCAUUUUUACUUUAUAACCCUUUUCGAGCUCGAAAUUGCCCGAGCCGUCGGUCACGCUGAAGAAUGGACUGUAGUUCUGGAAAAUGCCGUAAUUGAAGCAGUAGAUCCUAAAGCUGGAGAGGAGGCACCAAAUAAGCUCGGAAAGUUGAUCAAUAAGGAUCUUGGGGAGUUGAUACCGAAUGUUGUGGCAAGUCUGAUAUGGGUCCUACCAAUAACUGGUGAAUUACCGAUCUCACACAAGCUGUCAAUAGAUUACCGGGUGAAAUCUACAAAGGAAGCCAAUCUGGAAGAUGAACGAGACAACUUCAUUGAUCGAUUAUAUACUUAUCGGGAAACGUUUGAUCUCCACUUACCUAAAGUGAGUUGAAG